CCGCCCAGAGCCUGAGGCGCCGGGGCCGGGGGAGAAGGCGGGGCGGGCGGGCGAGCGGGCCGGGGGGAGAGUGGGGGAUGGCGCGGACCCCGGGGCCGGCCCCGCUGUGUCCCGGAGGCAGCAAAGCACAACUUUCUUCUGCUUCUCCCCCCGGAGCCGGGCUCCUGCUGCCGCCCCCGACGCCACCGCCGCUGCUGCUGCUGCUCUUCCCUCUGCUGCUCUUCUCCCGGCUCUGUGGUGCCUUAGCUGGACCAAUUAUUGUGGAGCCACAUGUCACAGCAGUAUGGGGAAAGAAUGUUUCAUUGAAGUGUUUAAUUGAAGUAAAUGAAACCAUAACACAAAUUUCAUGGGAGAAGAUACAUGGUAAAAGUUCACAGACUGUUGCAGUUCAUCAUCCUCAAUAUGGAUUCUCUGUUCAGGGAGAAUAUCAAGGAAGAGUCUUGUUUAAAAACUAUUCACUUAAUGAUGCAACAAUUACUCUACAUAACAUAGGAUUCUCUGAUUCUGGAAAAUACAUAUGCAAAGCUGUUACAUUCCCACUUGGAAAUGCCCAGUCCUCUACAACCGUAACUGUGUUAGUUGAACCCACUGUGAGCCUGAUAAAAGGGCCAGAUUCUUUAAUUGAUGGAGGAAAUGAAACAGUAGCAGCCAUUUGUAUCGCAGCCACUGGAAAACCAGUUGCACAUAUUGACUGGGAAGGUGAUCUUGGUGAAAUGGAAUCCACUACAACUUCUUUUCCAAAUGAAACAGCAACAAUUGUGAGCCAAUACAAGCUGUUUCCAACCAGAUUUGCUAGAGGAAGGCGAAUUACUUGUGUUGUGAAACAUCCAGCCUUGGAAAAGGACAUCCGAUAUUCUUUCGUAUUAGACAUACAGUAUGCUCCUGAAGUUUCAGUAACAGGGUAUGAUGGAAAUUGGUUUGUAGGAAGAAAAGGCGUUAAUCUCAAGUGUAAUGCUGAUGCAAAUCCACCACCCUUCAAAUCUGUGUGGAGCAGGUUGGAUGGACAGUGGCCUGAUGGUUUAUUGGCUUCAGACAAUACUCUUCAUUUUGUGCAGCCAUUGACUUUCAAUUAUUCUGGUGUUUAUGUCUGUAAAGUGACCAAUUCCCUAGGUCAAAGAAGUGAUCAAAAGAUCAUCUAUAUUUCAGAUGUUCCAUUUAAGCAGACCUCUUCCAUAGCCGUAGCUGGAGCUGUAAUUGGAGCUGUCCUUGCCCUUUUCAUCAUUGCUAUCUUUGUGACUGUGUUGCUGACUCCUCGUAAAAAGAGACCAUCCUAUCUUGACAAAGUGAUCGACCUUCCACCCACACAUAAACCACCUCCUAUGUAUGAAGAACGGUCCCCACCUUUGCCUCAGAAAGAUCUUCUGUCUCAGACUGAACACUUGCCUUUGCAAACUCAGUUCAAAGAAAGAGAAGUUGGCAGUCUUCAGCACUCUAAUGGACUAAAUAGCAGGAGAUUUGACUAUGAAGAUGAGAAUCCAGCAGAGGAAGAUGGGAUUCAGCAGAUGUACCCCCUUUGUAAUCAGAUGUGCUACCACAACCGGAGCCCUGGCAGACAUCAUCAAAACAAGGGCCCCGAGAGAGUCUACAUCAACCCACGAGAACAUUAUGUGUGAUGCUUCUCUUUUUCCAAUCAGUAUUCUAACAAUGUUUAUUCUUAGAUUGGCAAGAGAAACUGAGGCCAAUAGGUAUUUUAUUUCUCUCAUAUAAAAUAGUCCCAGUCUAAAUGUAUUGGAAGUCUUGAUGAAUAACUUAAAGCCAACAGCGAAUUUCUUUCCUUCAUUAAGGGUUUCUUAACCACCAGCUGUGUUUGUGAACUUGACUAUAGCUUUGUGUGUUUCUGUGACGAUGGUGUUUAACUACUAACAUUUGGCCUACAACGGCAUGUGCAUUUGAAAGUACAGCAUCUGCCUGUGAUGACUGCAGUGAUUCUCCAGAAAGAAAGUCCCCAGCUGGUCCUGUUAACCUCGCUGGGUCUCAGGCAGGCCAGCCUAUUCAUCUGUAAUUCAAACAGGCAGAAAAAUGAGUUCAUAAUCCAUUUCACUAAUUAUUUAGCUGGGAUUUGGAUUUCCCUGACAUGCUUAAUACGAUUACAAUACCUGUGUACAAACAGAGGCCUGAGGAAAGACGCAAAAUUGGCUCUUUAUCCAAAAAACAACAACAACAAAAGACAAUUUGAACCUUCAAGCUUUUUGGUGGCUUUCAGAUCCUUAUGCUAUUGUGACAUAUGCUCCUUCUUGAUCACCAGGGUCCUUAGAGAUACAUAUUUCUUGCUGUCAUCUGCGUACUCUCAACUCUUGUGUGUAACACAGGUUCUUCUUUUACUCUGUCACGACUCCCACAUUCCUGUUCUUUACUAGCCAGAUUAGCCUAUUUCCCACCUAUUAAAUUCUGAAAACCCAGCCUAAGUGGUAUACAGGCUUUAGCCGUGUCCCUCUUUUCUCUAGUAUUGUACAUAACAAGCUCAGCUUUCACUUCUGAAAUUUCUUUAAAACUAAUCUCAUCCAUAUAGGCUUUACCUACCCUUCUGCAUUCUUCAGACUACUUAUCGUCUGUUUUAUCUACCUCAGAAAAGCCUGCUGGAAAAUCACCAUGAAAUAACUACUGCUCUUAAAAGCCAGGUGAAAAAUAUGAAAACUUGAGGAAAAAAAAAUAAUAAGCCACUUCAAUAUGGCAUGUGUGUUAAACCCUCAUGCUCUUUAUCCCUCCUCCCCUACUUUACCUGGUCAUCAAGAGUAAAGAGAUGCUAAAAAGCAAAUAAUACAGUGACUUAUCUACCUGGGAUAUCCUGCAACACUGUAGUGCCUACAGAUGUCUGUCUUGUGCUUGCCUAUCUCCCUUUGUCAAUUUUCCAUCACCGAGACUGAUGAUAGUCAUUACGAUGGAGUGUGCAGAGAUGGGGAUCACAGUUACACAUGCAAAUGUCCAUCACUCACCCUCACAUCUUGAGAGUGUUUCACUGUGUGUUCUGGAAUAUAGAGGUGUGUCACAGGUAUAAAAAACACUACAAACUUGUCAUAUAUUAGGAAAGAGUGGCAUAAGCAUUAAAAUAAAUAGUAUACAUUCCCAACCUAAACUUCAAGGGGAGAGGAGAAAGAAUAUUAACAUAAAUUUCUAAUAAGAUGCCAAAGAUAUUUUAUGAUUUAUGUUACACUGGCUCUGGUUUUUGUUUGUGUGUUUCCCUUUUUUUUUUUUUUUAAGUUGCUGUGCUUUGUCAAAUAAAUUAUCUAGGCUGUUCUAUAGCAGUAAUAUACUCUUCCCUCAUUACCUGGAUGACCAACAAUUCUGGAACAAAAAGGGUGCUUAAAUUCCAACUCAAUGUUUUGCCAGUAAAUUAGCAAUUUUAAAGGCUAUAGCUAUGUAGGAUCAAAGGGUAAAUUCCAAGGACCCUCAUUGCUGUAUGUAUCACUGUGCUACCUCAAAAUUAGAGUUUACUGCCCUUUGUAGCAAAGAAGAUAUUCAACUUUAUUACUUAGAAUGGCAUCACAGAGUUAGUGUAACAGAAGGUGUAGGAACCCUGGCAAUUGUUUUCCAACAAGAUGACUAUGAUCAGAUCUCUCCCAAGAGGGAAGUGUUUCAUAAAUACUAGAUGUUAUGGAGGCAAUAAGGUGGUGCCUCAACCCCUUUAGAAAGCUUUAAAAAAUGUCUUACAUAGUGGGGAUGGUUUCUAGGGUCCUGCUGGGAAGCAGGCUGUUGAAUUAGCUUCACAAAAGCACAUCAGGGGGACAGAGAUGUCCUCAUUUGCACCAGAGAAAGGAUUUGGAAAGCACUGGGUCUCAAGAGCCCUUUGACCUGUCUUUAGCACCCUCUGGACCAUGAAGAACCUACUGUCCACCUUUUAAUAUGGAAAAGAAAUUUCAGCAUGUAGACACCUCUCUGGCAGCCAGCUAGUUCAGUAUUCUCUUUGCCUUUCUGUCAGCUGUAAUAUUUCUUUAACAAACUGGUAGAUUUUAUAGCUCUUGGCCCUUUACAUGGGUCACACAAGCUCUAUAAUAGCUUAUCCUGGUGCCGUCCAUCUGUUCUCUCUAAAACUGAGCUAAGUAGAAAGGAGCUUUAAAAGGGUUUGAUCAGCCAGCCCCCUCCACCAAAAGAUGCCAUCCAAAAUUACCCUGUUGAUCUCUAAAUUUGGAGCCUAGACUACUUGACGAUGCCAUUUAAAUUUGGAAGUUAGACUCUUAAGGUCAGUGAAUGAGGUUUAGGGAUAUAAUCCACAGCUGAUAUUAGAUACUGUUCCCAUAACUGGUUUACUAAAACACACUGAAACAGAAAUAAAUCUCCAGAGUGCUUAUCCACUUAUGGUUGCAGCUUUGCAUUUCAGCGCAGGGUGUGCAUACUCACCUUAAACAGGCAGCCUUCACUGCUAUUUUUGUAGGCAGCCCAAGCCCUAGGAAUGUGCAUUGUUGCUGCAGCAGCAGAUUACUGGGUUCUUUGCACACCAAACUAAAAUAAAGCAUCCCUCCACCUAGGAUUGGCCUGACAUAGUGGGGUGAGACUCUUAAAUGGCAGUGAUUUAUUAUCUAUUCUGUGAGGGUUCCCCCAUCACUGGCCUCAUACGUUCUAAAUUGGAAGAAGUCCAUGCCCUUUGGGGUACACAACAUACCAUUCUUACCUGUGCUAGCUUCCUUGUAACUACGAAAUGCCUUUCUGUGUUCUUAGAUGCACAUAAUAUAUGCUAAAGAAGUAUGCUAUAAAUGAACUGACCCCCUCAAUAAUUUAAUUUUCUAUGGCUUUUUGUUUAUUCAUAGGGAAAGAACAGUUUUUUCAUCCUUCGACGGAGAAUAAUUUUCCUAAGACCUCUUUCAUAGUAGUUUAAAAUUCACUAUUUUGUUUUUCAUUGUUCAGUUUUUCCCUUCACUGUGCUAGUCCCCUGGUGCUAUUCUGAAUAUACUAUAAAAUCUGCCUUACCUCUUAUUCCCAGGGGUAUAGAGGAUAGACCAUUAUACCAAGAAUCAUAAGAAAAUAUUCUAUUGUCAUCUUCACUAGCCUUGGAAAUGUAAGCCAGUCACUUAACCUGUCUGAAUGUCAGUUAGCCCUAUCUAUAAAGCAGAGAUUAUAUUACCUUCCCUGCCAACUUCUUGGAAUUGUGGUGAGAGUUAAACAAGAUAAUAACAGAUGGGAAAUUGGGGAUUUGUGAGUUCUCUUCAACCUGACAAAUGCCUAUGACUCUAUUAUUGUUGCAUAUUGAACCUAAACUUCUAGUGCCCUUGCCAGCGUUUAGAGUACUAUGGUGUGCCUGGGGAGAACCAAGUGGCAAAUUAGGUCUCAGUUUGAUCUAAUUUGAGUAUAGCCAAGUGCAAGUGUGAUACAUUUCUUUUACUACCAUAAAUAUUUGUCACAUGGAAAGCUUAGUAUCUGAAUCUUGGUCUUUUAAGCUUUAACUAGAAUUGAAAGUACAUGUUGCUAUAACCAGUGGUUGCUCUUGUUUUACAAAUUGCUACUAAUAACAGCUGAUAUUACUGAGUGUGUAGUAUGGACUGCUUUCUGAGGCAAGUACCUUGCAUGAAUCAUCACCAAAUAGGACCAGACUGCUGUUUUGUAACCUUUCCAGGAGCUCCUAUGGGGACAGACAGUCUCACACUCCCAUGCUGCACAGUCGUAGGUCAUGCGGAUCAUCAGUUAGCUGUUACUUCUUUUAAAUCUGCUUCUGGGAAUGGUGUUAGGGAAUACAGUUUCAUUGAUUUUUUUUAAGCAGAGAUACAGGAGAGUACAUGGAAUAAAACUCUAAGAAAUGUUUAUUAAGAUGAAAGCAAGUGCAUAUGCUCAUUUUUUACUUAGUCUUGACCUCAUUCAAAUGCUCAGAAUGAUAGGCUCUCAUAUUCCUUAGAUUAACCAUAGCUACAAAAAUAACAAACCAAAAAUUAAAACCACUCCAUCCCGGUUGGUUCAGUUUUAGUGGGCACAAACUUCUGUCUAACAUCCCUUCCUCAACUAAGUUUUUUGAUAUGCUUGGUGCUCUGUUUUGCCUUUUACUGAACUCCCAGGUGUGGUAACACUCAUAUAGUGGACAGAUAUUAAUAGAAAGCAAGCUGGCGUGGGUAGAAAGCCAGAAGGAUAUGAAGUAGAAAUGUCAGGGUCCCCACCUGUAGCUUAGCUGUGUGCUUCUCUUCUUGUGCUUGACUGUCAAUGCCCUACCUUAACUCUUGGGCCAUUCACAGACCUUAAUAAGGAGGAAAAAGGACUUCGAUCCCUGUUAAACUAGAAACUGUUGUUUGACCACUUGCUAUGUCAUACAUGUUUACAAGCAAGCAGGCACCAAAACAGUCAUCCAACCUGUCAUGUAAGCAUGAAAAAGUCUCAACUCUGUCCUUUUAGGCAACCCAACAUUAUCCUACAUAGAAAAGUUAUUAGAAGCAAAUCCAGCAAUAUUCCAACAGAUAAAAUCAGUCAGCUCAGUUCCUGGUUUAACUUCUAACAGAAUGAAUUAGGGAAUCCUAGGUCUAUUGGGCUUUCUGGAUUCUCAUAUACUACUCAUGGAAAGGAUGGAGUGCCCUACAAUAUUGGGGCCAAUCCACAUAUCUUUAACACCAUUAAUUUGACCAGUGAAAAUACUCACCCAUUAAUAAAGUAUCUGGUGUUGAACUGCAGAGAAAGCUUUUGCCAUAGUAGCCUCUGAAGUGACUAGAGUAUUUUCAAAUGCUAAUAGCGCCUGGAGGGGUGUAUUCCCAAUUAGGAUACUUCAAAUAUUAACCAGCCACCCCCAGAGUGUAUAUUAAGUCUGGUUAACAUAUUCCAAAAUAAUUUAAAGAAAUUAUAUCAAAUGUAACAGAAUUUGUUAAGGAUUUCUCGGGUUAUCACUCCUUCACACUGGUAGAGGUCUUCAUGGCUCUGAAGUGAACAACCUGCUGAGUAGAGUUUUGCACUGGCAUUUCUUCUUAGUGACAGCCUUUUCUUUCUUAUGGUCGUGUGUGUGUGUGUGUGUGUGUGUGUGUGUGUGUGUGUGUGUGUGUGUGUGUGUGUGUCUGUGAGAGAGAGAGAGAGAGAGGUCUACUUAAAAUUUGCAGCUCAGUAAACAUUUUGCAGAUCACAUGUAUAAGAGAAUCCCACCCCUGCAAGCAUCUCACUAAUGCAGGCACAUUUUACUUUAACAUAAUCUCUGCAAAAAGGCUAGAGAUAGGAGGGAGAGGCCACAUUUACUAUGCCAGCCUAAAUACAUAAAAUAUUAGAUUUAUUCCUACUGUGUUUCCAUUAUUGGAUUAGUUAUUCUCAAGUUUCAGUUUGAUGAUAGAAGUUUAAAGCAAAGUAGACUAAAAGAGAACAAAAAUUUUGAAGCCAUUAAACAUUUUUUUAUUGUACAUUAUCAAUCAGGACAAUGAUGUAGAAGUUAUCUCUGAAUCUCAGGGAGAAGGGAAACUACCAUUGACAAAUAAAAAUAUUGACUAAAUCCACUUCAUUGAUUCAUCCCACAGCAUAUUAGUAUCAGUGUUUGGGGGCUAAGACUAUGAUAGAUAUCAAAUGACAUACCUCUUUAUACAUCAAAAAGUACUAAUUACAUUCUGUAUCCUCAGCUGUGAGGCUUAAGGCUGAAUUCCUGGGUUUCAGAGGAACAGUUGUGAAUAUUACUGCUAUGUAUGUUUAUGGAAAAUAGCAACAUCUCCAUGAAUAAAAAUAGGCAGAGUCGUGUCCUCUACAAGCUCCCAUUCUGUAGCUGUGGUGUUUAUAGUCUCUACUAGCACACGAUUUAUUAUAAGCAUGUCAGUUGAACCCAAGGAGACUUUGACUCUUUGACUUAAAAUUAUUAUUAGAUUAUAAUUGCCAUCCCAAACAAUCUUCAGUAAACAAAAACCAGCUUUCUUAAGUUUGUCACUCUCUGCAUCUAAAGGUGGCAGACCAAACAGUUGCCCUCUUGUGGUUUUUUCCAGCACUACCAUUUAAAGUUUCUAAAUCAGGUGCCGUAUCGCCCAGCAGGAUCCUUGAUACAAUGACCUAACCUGAUUGUUUUGAUUGUCAUGGCAUGGAAUUUAACUGUGCAAGUCGAUUAGAAGAAACCUUGAGGGAAAGUCUGCCUGGGAAUCCAGAACAUCAAAUUUGCUACACUGGUUUAGAACUGUGGCCUGUUCUACUACAGAUGUGUCUGACAGCCAUGAAGAGAUGUUUUAUGUGCCUCCUCCAGAAGUUAAUUUCCCUUAAUGACUCACGGUGGAUCUGUGAAUCUCAGAGUUACAACAUGAUUUUCAAAGUGAACGGGUACCAUUGUUUUGGUUUUCAAUACCCUUUCUAAUAAUGACCAGUAUUUUUUUAAAUCCACCCCAGCAUAUUCUCUCUCAAGCCUUAUUAAUAAUUUGGUACUUAUGGUAUUUUACUAGAGCUAGCAGCAGUCUGUCCUAAAUGCAUUAGUUUUACCUGCCCACAGCAUGGCUCAUUUAUUUCUCUGCUUUUUUACACAUGAUCUUAUGAGAAUUUACGUGUAUUUCCUUCAGCUGAGCAUUUCAAUUCACUACCCCGAUGAGUGUCAUUUUAGGUUUCAUUGUAUGCCUGAAAUUCCAAGUCCUUUGUAAAAAAAUGUUAAGUAGCAGGUGUUGCUACUGAACCCCUGGAUUGUUCCACUUGUCCAUCUAUGAUAGUUCCUGUUUAUUCUCUACCUUCUGCUUCUAUUUCUAAGACAACAUUUUAAGACAUAACAUCUGUUCCACCCAAUUUACUCUCCAUGGGGCCUUAAUCUCUUGACUUCUUUACUUCUUAGUUUCACCCCUGUAAGUUAGUGCUCUCUACCUCACAGGGGUUUUAUAAGGGGAAAAAAUAAGAUGUUUAAGGGUUGUCUUCAAGAGUGAUCCUUCUUUUAAAGUGAUUUGGUAACAGGCUUAGAAAUGAGAAACUUUAUAGCUAUUAUUUUUUUUCCCUAUUGUUUUGCUGUUUUUAUUUCUGAGAAGCUAUCUAUGUCUGAAAAGAGUCUUUGGUUUUAACUUUAUCCUCAUUAACCCAUUUCACACUGAAGUCUCUACCUUAUCCAUGCUCUGAACAUUUUACUUGUUGAGCCAAAACUAAUUCUUCCACAAUAAAUCCCACAUACUUUUAUUCCUAUCAUUAAACAAAUUAAUGUCCUCCACAAAGAAACAUUCUGGCUCUUUGCACAAGAAGUCAGAAGGUAAUGAGUUUUCAUUGUGGCCCUGGCAAGAUCUCACUGUGUGCCUUAUUCUCCUGUGUAAAUUGAGGUUAAUUCGCCUACUUCGCAGCACCCAGAUACUGUGAGUCCCAAAAAUGGUGAAAAGCAUUUUGAAAAUGUCCUGUACUGUAUAAAUGCAUAGUGGACAAUCUGGAGAGUCUUCAAGUAGAAAUAUGUUCUAGAUCAAUUCAGAAUACUAAUUUACCCAUUGUUUUCAAAUGUUUUACUAACAUACACUUUUUUGUUUAUAGUGAAUAUUAGUUUCUAGAUAUUUGAACUACUUUAAUUUUGGUGUGUAGGAAGUAAUCAAUAGUAUAUAUUCUUGCUUGUCAGAAAAUACCCAAGUUGUAUUUUUAAGUGUUAAACUGAAAGGGUUACAUAACAAAGUAGUUGGGUAGGGAGGAGAUUAUAGCUCAAAUGUUGCAAAAUAUGGAAGUACAAAAAUUAGCUUUGAAUUUGAGAUUGUAUUAUAAAUAGUAGAUGUUAAUGUGGUUUUUAGAUAUUCUUUAUUUUUACGUUACCAGAAAUUGUCUUUUAUUUUUGCAGUUUUGAACUAUAUGGUUCUUUACAUGUUUUGAAUAAAGUUUUCAUCAACUAA